ACAGUAUUGUAUAUAGUACCGGAUCACCUUCAAUACUCUGCGAGCGACAGUCGCACGGUGGAGCUUUAAGUGAGAGCGGAGCAUCGCUGCAGUCUAGUGUAGAUUAACAAACCUCGUCCACUCUCCACUCUCCGAUAUGGCUGACCAACUCACCGAGGAGCAAAUUGCUGAGUUUAAGGAGGCUUUCUCCUUGUUUGAUAAGGAUGGUGACGGUACCAUCACAACCAAAGAGCUGGGCACAGUGAUGCGCUCACUUGGGCAGAACCCCACGGAGGCUGAACUGCAGGACAUGAUCAACGAGGUGGAUGCUGAUGGUAAUGGAACCAUUGACUUUCCCGAGUUUCUGACAAUGAUGGCCCGGAAAAUGAAAGACACAGACAGUGAGGAGGAGAUCCGCGAGGCUUUCAGAGUGUUUGACAAGGAUGGGAACGGCUACAUCAGCGCAGCAGAGCUUCGCCACGUCAUGACAAACCUGGGUGAGAAGCUAACGGAUGAAGAGGUGGAUGAAAUGAUCAGAGAAGCUGACAUCGACGGCGACGGUCAGGUCAAUUACGAAGAAUUUGUACAAAUGAUGACGGCAAAGUGAAGCUCUUCUAUUCUCUCCUGACCUCUUUAGAAGA